AUGGACGCCCCCGAAGACGACGACCUGAGGCUUCAGCGGGCAUCUGUCAGCUUCUACUCGCUGUCUCUUGCUCGCAUCCUCUGGAAGCCUCCAUCAAGAAGCAACAAGCAGCGUGUCCACCGCAGCGUCAAGGCUCAGGAACUUGACCAGGUCAUCCUUCUGAUCGAACCUUUCCAGGAAGACCCGCAAUUACUAGAUGCCCACCUGAAGCACAUCGUUCCUCCGCUGGUGGAUGCCUAUCUCCAAUAUCUGCAAGCACCUCCAAAGACUUCGACAAUUGCCAGAACCGUCCCCUUGUCAAGUGCCAUCUCUCGCAUCUUGUAUACGCUUUGCAAGGUCAGGGGCGAAAAGAUCAUUACAGGCUUCCUUAACAAUGAGCCACGCUACCUGGAACUCAUCUUGACUAGAUUGGAGCAAGGUAUCGAUGGCACUCAGGUUGGUGUGGUACCAAACGAGCAUGAUGGCAUGCCUUGGGAAGAGCGAUACAUCCUCCUGCUAUGGCUUUCACAUUUGAUGCUGACGCCGUUCGACCUUGCCUCAAUAUCAUCCAAGCAUUUGACGGAUGCUAUCACAAACAUCCAGGACCUGGAUGUGCCUCCCAACUUGCCGGCAAUAGCUAGUCGCCUUAUGCCAUCAUGCAUCCAGCAACUAAAAUCCGCGACUCGAGAGCGUGACGCCGCAGCGCUCGCACUUGUCAGAUUAUGCAUCAGGCCGGACAUGCGUAAGCUCGGCCUCCUCAACGCUGCUGUUCAGUGGGCUUUGUCCUGGCUUGAUCCAAAGUGUACCAAGCAGCGAGAUAUCCAUCAGAUGCACGGCGUAUUGUCCUUCAUCAGUAAGCUUGUCGCUUCAGCAACGUAUGAAGAGCUAGGACACUUGCUUCGCGAUAUCUACGACUCUUGUCAACACGUCCUCACACACAAUUCACUCUCGUUUGUCAAGUCUUCCGCAGUGGCGAGAAAGCUUAUCAUCAAGACCACCCGCAAUAUUGUUGUCCACUACAUUCAGUCACUCGAUAUUGUGCAAUCUCCUGAUAUAUCCACACUGUUCGAAGAAGUCAUUGAUUUCCUACUUGAGGCUGUUGCGGAUGGCGACACGCCAGUCCGCUUCGCUGCCAGCAAAGCGUUGAGUAUAGUCGCAAUGAAGCUUGAAUCCAACAUGCGCACAGAAGUCAUCGACGCCAUUCUAAGCUAUCUAAAUGUUGAUGUGCUCUGGGAAGGUACCACAAGAAACCUCGCCAUGGUAAACCCACUACGGUGGCACGGCUUGACCCUAGCUCUAUCACACCUCUUGUACAGGAAGGCGCCGCCGGCUGAGCAGCUUCCGGAUGUUCUGAACGCACUAAUGCUUGCCCUUACCUUCGAGCAACGCGCUGCGACUGGCGGAUCUAUAGGGUCGAAUGUGCGAGAUGCAGCGUGCUUCGGCAUCUGGGCAAUCUCACGACGAUACACCACAGCUGAGCUUCUUGGGGUGAACACAACCUCGAUACGCGCAGCACAAGCCUUUGAUCAUCGGCUCUCAGUGCCGCAAAUCCUUGCGAUUGAGCUCUUACAAACGUCGUGUCUCGACCCUGCAGGAAACAUCCGCCGCGGGUCUUCGGCAGCUCUCCAAGAGCUCAUUGGCCGCCAUCCCGAUAUUGUAGUGGAAGGUAUACCGCUUGUUCAGAUUGUAGACUAUCACGCCGUUGGCCCAAGAGACCGCGCUAUGACCGAGGUUGCUGUUAAGGCGGCUCAGCUGGACAAUGCGUACUGGCAAGCACUCUUCAACGGCUUGCUGGGCUGGAGGGGGGUGGCCGCACUGGACACCCCUUCUCGACUCUCCGCCGCGAAUGCGAUCGGACGGCUGAGCAUUACGCAGCCCUUCGCUGAGGUCAGAUCCAUGAUACAACGCAUCUCAAAACAUCUGGCCGAACUGGGCCGCAACGACGUUGAAGAGCGGCAUGGGCUUCUCAUGGCGUUAGCCUCGGUGCUUCACGGUUGCGUAACACAGAUCGACUUCAGGUAUGCGGAGCAAACCCAGUUACCCAACAGGACGCUGGGCGACAUAGAAGUACUCGAUGGCCUGUGGUCUCUCCUGCAAUCCUACGUCAAGAACGGGCAGGGCGGCACUCUCCCUAUGAAGUUGGAAGAGCGGGAUUUUAAAUCAGCCGCGUUGCGUCCUGAACUCACCGCAGUAGCCAUAUGCUCGCUUCUCUCCGCACUGGCUCUUACGACCCUCCGGCUUUGGCACAUGUACGGAGGCAUACAGGAUUUUCCUCAUGGCGAGACAGUCAUCACACUCUUGACUUUUUGCCUUACUCGGACCGAAGACUCUGUUCUCCAAGCGCUUCCUUCGGCUGUGGGCAGGAUAUCCCACCUACUGUCGCUUGAGGAGCUGCUGCCACUUAACCAGACUUGGCUGACAUCACUCAUCAAUUCCCGCAGCCCUCGUAAUUCUGGAUAUGCUCUGGCUUUAGGGGCCAUGUACGGAGACCUCGAACCCGAAAGUACCGAAGCAGCUCAGAUCAUCGAAGUCUUGACAUCGCGCUGCACUCCAGCUGUCGAAGUUGAAACAAGGGUGACAGCACUCCAGAGCCUGCGUCUUUUGAUCCCCUCUGUGGCUAAGCAUUCACUACACCAAGGUGUCGACGAUCUAGAAGAUAUCAAGGCCGCUAUCUCCACAGCGCUCAAUGACUACACAAUCAAUGAGCGCGGGGACAUAGGUUCACUCGUCCGCCUCGAAGCCCUGAAUGCUGUAUCGGCUGCCGCUGAGCACGGUUUCUUCGACGCCGACGCAGAUGAGCGGAACAGCACAAUCGCCGCAGACGUAAUCCGUCUCUCGCUCGAAAAGCUUGACAAAGUCCGCGGCCCGGCUGCAAAAUGCUUGCGAACCCUCCGAGGUGACAAGCUUAAGGACCUCAAAAAGUUGAUGUGGGACGAAGAACAAGGCGUAUCGUCUUACGCAUACUUCGCUUCAGCCCUCAAUACUCUGCGGCGUCCAACACCAACAUGGAUUAUGCACGCCAUACUGGAAGGCUACAUUAGCUCUGCGGGAAUGGGCUCGGAGUCAGUGCUUCGAGCUUCAAGGCUCGCAUUGGUAGACCUGGUGGAGGAACUUUUUAUGCAGACAGAAGAGUCUGUUGCCCCGGUGCUGGACAUCUGCAACGCCGUGGUGGAAAUCUUCAAGGAGAACAUGGCUGUCGACAGAGUGAUUCUUCCGUUGAUGGAAGUCCUGGCGUUUCUGUUCGACAUGCAGAUCCUGCAGAGGCUGGGCUCCACAUUCAAAUGUCGGAACCUGCUCUCUCUGGUGCAGAAGGCACACUUCAAGUCUCAAAACAUGGUCAAGCUUUCCGUCGCGCUUGACCUCUAUCGUGGUCUCGCUGAUUUCGAUGUUACGAGGGCUGAUGUGAUCGCUAAGUUGAUGAGCAUGCUGCUGCACCCGUUCCCAAAGAUUCGUAUCGCUGCAGCUGAGACGUUGCAUACAGUCACGUUGGACGAUAGUCUGAAGCAUCAUGACUGGUCCGCCUCGCCCAGAGCUCUGAAACAAGUAGUUGAACAUCUAAAGGCAAGAUACAUGCAGUCCUAG